AUGGACAACUGCAAAAACGGAUACGAUAACUCUGCGUGUAACCCAAAUGACGAUGUCGGUGGAGCACAGAGACCAUCGAUCGAAAUGGACCGUGUGACCGGUACCACGAUGAAUUCAGUCGUCGUGACCGGAUGCUGCGGUAACGGUCUAAACGGCAAUAGCAACCAUCAGUCAGGCGAUCAGUCUCCCGAAGAUGGCUCGCCGGACACGUGUCAGCCAAAAUGCCCAGCCAUCAGAUCGUCACCCUGGGAUCCACUGAAGACGCGGUUCGUGCUUGUCUUAACCAUAGCCAUGGUCGCGUGGGUACUGAUUGGCGUCAUUGUCAAAAACCUGUAA